AUGAAGAUUAUUUGGCACUUUAUGGUGAACACCUGUUCGUCGUUUUCCGUACAAGGCGGUAAUUCGAGGCCGGUGGACGACGUUAUGCGAAUUGUCGUCAUGAAGCACGCCUUUGGCGUCCAAUUCCUUUUCAAGUCAGUUAUGGCCUUGUCGUGUCUUCACGCCAAGGAUUCCAUCGGCGAUGAUCUGGGCGAUCCUAGGAGGCAAUCCUACUAUGAGUCUGGUACUUUUUCAGAAUACCAGCGAGCCAUCGAAGCAGCUGAUCCGAGAACUUUUGGCGCGCUGCUUGCCAAUUCCCUCGUCAUUACUGCCUUGUCAUCUCGGAACUUCCGUGAGAAGGAGAGUCCGGAUCUCUUCAUCCUUCAAUGGAUACUGGUUUGGCGCGGCAUCGGCGUUAUAUUACAUCGUAUUCGUAGAGACGCCCUACCAAACACAGGGCUGGCGCAACUUUUCUACCGACCCUCCCUAGAUCUGAAAGCAGCAUUCAGACACAUUCCGCCACACCUUUGGCAUAUGGUUGAAUCAACCCUACCAGGAGACGAGGAUUUCUUAUACAAAGCUACCUACCUCAGAUGUCUCCAUUAUCUUGGAACACUUUACCACAAUCUGCGACUGAGAGGGUUUGGUGCAGUGAUGAACCUACGCAUCAUCACAUGGUUCACCUACCUGCCCGCUCCGAUGAUUGACUUGUUUCGCAAGCGACAGGAACGGGCAUUGGUCAUCUUGGCCCAUUACUGUGUUUUCCUGAAACUUGUCAGAAACGUUUGGUGGCUCAGAGGCGUGGGUGAUCGAUCUCUCAGGGAUCUUUGCGGUUAUCUAGGCCCCGAAUGGCACGGUGCAGUGGAAAUUCCGUUCAAGGCUUUAUUCACCGAUGACCCCUUGACUUUGGCCAGGCUCGUCUUGAAUGAGCCUUUGUGGACAUCGCGCAGGUCUCACAACGAUGAGUGGGAUGAGUACGAAGAGCGAGAGACCAGACAGCUCAGUCUAGUUGACGACGAGGGCAGACGAGUGCGUUACGAAGGAAACAUAGGGAUCAUGGUGCUUGAGAAACCAAGCGAACCUAAUGAGCAGCCAAUAUGGAAUGCCAUGGAAAAUCCCGAGUAA